AUGAUUCAACCCACUACUUCGCUUUUCUCUUCUCAAUUAACUGUGAGUGAAAAGUCAGUUCUUGAAGAAAAUCCUGGUGAAGAUGAUGUGAUGGUAUCUUUUGUUGAUAUCGAGUUUGACCCUAAGGAGGACAACAUUCCUGAUCAUAUGCCUAUGAUAGAGGUGGAUAUGAUGCUUAAAUCACAAGACCAUCGGUUAAGGUUGGUCAUGACGAAUAUGGAAAGACAACAAGAAGAUCUUUUGAAGCUUCAUGCCAACAAUUUUGAGUAUGAAAUCAAGAAGCUUCAUUAUGUAGCAAAAGAAAGGAAACUUGAUGUUGUUAUUGAAGCUAUCUGGAAACUUGUUGAAAAUUUCACUUCAUUCUCAAACAAGGAUUUGCAAGUGCUUACAAAGACGGACAAAUUUCUAGCAAGAUUAAAGGAGUCAAUUUCUAAGCUUGAUUCUUCUCCCAAAUCUUCUAUUUCUCAAGAGUCUUUAUCAAAAAUAUUUUCUUCUUUAGAGUCCAAUAUGAAAUCUGAACUUGCUCAUCUUCUAAAGAUUGUGAAUCUGAUGCCAACAAAUGCCCCACAUGUUAAAACAAGGGUGCAAGGGGGAGAAAAGGGGGUUGGCUCAUCGAAGGAUCUUUCUUAA